AUGGCACUCUCAAAGAAGUUUGAAACAGAUCUUUCAAAAGCAUUAUUAGAAUAUAGUGAUACAAGAAUCAUAGAGGAUAAAAGUUUUCCCGGCAUUAAAAAGGAAGAUGUUAAUCCAGGUUGUAGUUCUAUACAAAAUGAUAUUUCUAUUACAAGCCAUUUAGAGGAUAACAUUGGAGAUGAUGAUAAUAUGAAGGAUGACAUUGAAGAUGAUGUUUGUAAGAAGGAUAAUACUGAAGAUGAUGAUUGUAUUUGUAUAAAGGAUAACAUUAAAGAUGAUGAUUGUAUAAAGGAUAACAUUGAAGAUGAUGAUUGUAAGAAGGAUAACAUUGAAGAUGAUGAUUGUAAGAAGGAUAACAUUGAAGAUGAUGAUUGUAAGAAGGAUAACAUUGAAGAUGAUUGUAUAAAGGAUAACAUUGAAGAUGAUGAUUGUAUAAAGGAUAACAUUGAUGAUGAUUGUAAGAAGGAUAACAUUGAAGAUGAUGAUUGUAAGAAGGAUAACAUUGAUGAUGAUGAUUGUAUGAAGGAUAACAUUGAAGAUGAUGAUUGUAUAAAGGAUAACAUUGAAGAUGAUUGUAUAAAGGAUAACAUUGAAGAUGAUGAUUGUAUAAAGGAUAACAUUGAAGAUGAUGAUUGUAAGAAGGAUAACAUUGAAGAUGAUGAUUGUAAGAAGGAUAACAUUGAUGAUGAUUGUAAGAAGGAUAACAUUGAAGAUGAUGAGUGUAUAAAGGAUAACAUUGAAGAUGAUGAUUGUAUGGAUAGUGACUUUGUUGAUGAUGAUAUGGAUAGUGACUACGUUCCACCUUCAUACUCCAGUGAUGAAAGUGAGAUUAUACCUCUUAUAACAGGAGAUAAUGCCGAUGCAGGUAGUGGUAUAUUACAAGUCAAAAGCACAGAUAAAGAAACUGAUGCUUCCACAGAUGUUGCAGAUUUGAAAAGUCCGAAUAAUCACAGUGAUGAGAUGUACAAACAUAAUAAAAGACACCUCUAUAAGGAUAUAACUGUUUCUGGCUAUGAAAGGUUAAAUGGAAAAAGAAACUAUUCUAAACCAGAUUUUUGUCUGUUCUGCAAGAACGAGUAUAAGUCAAAAAUAUCUAAACACCUGGUUGCAGUGCAUGGGGAUGAGGCCAGGAUAAAAGAGGUUAUUGAUGAACCAAUCCACUCAAUGAACAGAAAACUGAUUUUAUUGAAGCUGCAAAAUGAAGGAAACUAUCAACACAAUGUGGAGGUACUCAAGAAGGGUAAAGGGACUUUGAUUGUCAAGAGGAGACCCGAUGCCAAGAAUAGCAAUAAUGCUAUUGACUAUGUUCCUUGUGAAUUUUGCCUGGCAUUCAUUAAGGAUGAUUCUUUAUGGAUACAUUCUAAAUCCUGCCCCUUUAAACCAGAAAAUAGUAAUAGAAACUUUUUAAGAAAUGGUAGAAUAAUGCUUCAAAGUGUUUUACACUCUCCAGAAACAGAUGGCAAACUAGUUGAUUUAUUUUCCAAAUUUAAAGAAACGGCUAAGAAUCCAGGGUUAAAAGAGAUAUGUAAAAACGACGAAUUAAUCCGUGUUUUUGCAUCUAAUUUAUUGGACAGACUGGGAACAGAGGAAGAGCAACGGAGAAAGGAUAAAGAUAAUAUUAGAACCAAAGUACGAAGUGUAGGGAGGCUUCUGAGGAAGCUUAAUGAGAAGAAAUUUCGUGAUCUACCAUUGAAUUCCUAUAUUUGUGGAAGGGAAUUUUCAACAGUUGUCAACACGGUUAAAGAGUUGUCCAUUGAAUGUAACUCUCCAAAUUUAGCUCUCACUUUAGGGCAUUACCUAAAACAGAUUUGUUUAUUAAAAAUAAGUCUUAGUAUUGAGAAAGGUGAUGACCCUUCACUGAAACAGGAAGCAUCUGACUUCCAACAACUUUAUAAUGCUCAUUGGAACUGUAGAGUAUCAGCUGUUGUACUAAGGCGUCUACGCUUGAGACAAAUUAAUAAAAAAAUUGAACUUCCAUCUACUGAAGAUUUGGUUACUUUAAAGUCAUUUUUGACGACUGAACUAAAUAGAGGUUUACCUUUCAAACCUUUAAUAGAAGAAUGGGUAAAGUAUGCUGAAACGUUGAUAACACGUUUGGUAUUAUUCAAUAAAAGAAGAAUAUCUGAGGUGGAGGAGUUAACCAUGGUUGAUUUUGAGAAAAGGUUACGUGGAGAGAGUGCCAAUGAAGAGCUCUCAAGAUUGGAUACAGCAGAAAAAAUUCUUGCAAAGAGAAUGGACUUAAUAGAGGUCCGGGGGAAAAGUACCAGGGGCCUCAGAAAAGUGUUUGUUCUACUGGAACAAGAUAUGGUCCGUGGCAUUGAGUCAUUAAUUACUUCAAGGCUUCAUGUUGGUAUAAAUCCCUCAAACAAAUAUAUUUUUGGUAGAUCAAGUCUUGGGCCUUUGGAUGGAUGUAAUGCCAUGCGAAACACUGUGAAUAUGUGUCCAGGAUUGAAAAAGCCUGACAGUAUUCGGUCCACAAUGUUAAGACGCUAUUUAGCAACAGUUUCACAGAUCCUUGAUAUGACAGGUGACGAGUUAAAAAUGGUUGCUGACCACAUGGGGCAUUCAAUUGCAAUACACACUAACAUAUAUCGAACUAUGACCUCGACCUUAGAGAGAACGAAGGUGGCUAGAGCCUUAAUAGCACUAGAAAAUGGUACUCUUCAAAAAUUUCAAGGAAGAAAUCUCAGUUCAAUUGAUGUUGAAGAAAUCCCAUUGGCAUUAGAUGUUGAAAAAGAUGAUGGACUUGUAAAUGAAAAUUCCACUAUAAAGGAGAUGAUGAGAUGCUUACUAGGUGUUUUAGAAAAUGAAAUUCAGGAAAUGAAUAAAGAAAGUUCUGAUAUGGAUAUGGAGAUUGAUCAAUCUGAUGAAGAUGUGGAAGUAACAAGUACAUCAUCAGUAAAAGUUAACUUGAAGAAAAAAAAGAAAAAACCGUGGACAGAAGAACAGAAUCUUGUGCUAAAGGAGAAUUUUUCUUCUUAUCUUAAACAUGAAAACAUUGCAGUACGUAAUGAGGACAUCAGAAAUAUGUUAGCCAAAUUUAAGUGUUUGAAUGGACGCACACUUCCGCAGAUCAGAUCCAAAUUGAAUAAUAUGAAACUUGGCAAAUGUAAAUGAUAACUUUUCAUGUUAACGGGUUUAUUGCCUUUUGAUAGAGAGUGCAUAAGGAAGCCUUUUAGACUGGAAAUUAAGUUUUGUAGUGAAAAUUUAAUAUAUACUAUUUCUGGCUUGAAAUUUAACAUUUUGUUCAUACACAUGUUGUAAUGGUAUCUGUUUCCUUCAAGUGUUAAAAAAGAUAAAAAAAUC